AUGGAUUUAGACAACAAUAACUUUGGGAUACUGACAACAGGUAUUGCAGUUGCUAUCAUUUUAUACCUAUCUAAACUAGUAUAUGGAAGACUCUAUGCAUCAAAAUCUAAGGUCAAAGCAAAAACUUACGCUUCCUCAGAAAAAGAGCCUGUCCCAACUCCGGAUCCAUUGUAUAUAACCCCGGAUCAAGUUAAGACAAGAGACGACCGACCAUGGAGACCUUUUAGAUUUCCAUAUCAUCAAACGAUGUCUAUAUUUAAAUUGGAUAUCAAUCACUGGUUGGAUAUGGAUAAAUACUAUUAUCAGUAUAUAAAGGAAAAAGAAAGGGUGAUUCACGCCUACGGGCCAGAUAAUUUUGAUUGGUUACCCGGAUCUGAGGAAGCAUGUAGAGAGCUAAUGGAUAUUGUCAAGGAGCACAUGAUGAAAAGGUAUCCACUUUUGUUCACCACUUCUGAUAAUGGUGAUCAUGUGAUGAACGAGCUAACAAAAGAAGAACUUGAUUUCACGGAACCUUUGAAGGAGCAUCCCUUGGUGUAUGUUUCCAAAAUGGCUAAAGAAGAUUUUUAUGUUGUUCUCCAAGACAAAGAAGGUGUACACCGGUUAAUGGCGGCUGCUGUUCCUUUCCCAGGCGGCUCUUUUGGAAUUAGAUAUAAAUUAGGCAAAACAUUGGAUGUUAUUCAUGGAGACGUUCCAUAUUAUGAGGAAAAGUUAAAACCAUCGAUGGAGAGAUGGUUUGCAAGAAUGAAACCGGCGGAUUUAGUAGAGAGAGCCUCAUGGUACAUCUCUUGGGACCAUAAGUUGUUGUUAAAUAAUAUAUACGCUUUGAAGAAAGGAGAUAAGGUUCAAAGUGACGUUGAGCCAACAGAAUUUAACGUUCGUGUUGAACGCCAAACAUUGAGAAGGUUACCUAAAAGUAGAGCAAUCAUUUUCACAAACCACCCAGUGUUUUAUUCUAUUGAAGAAAUGAAAGAUGAACCACUAGUGCCAUCAUUGAUUAAGAAGAUUAUCUAUGAAGCACCAGAGGGAAUUAUCAAGUAUAAAAACUUUGAAGCAUUUCGUGACCACAUUUUACCGUACCUAGAAAAAUUAGAGGAAAGACAGGUCAAGCUGGGUCUGAUUGAGCCCAGUACCCCUGUAAAGACACUUCCAACAUAUCCGUUUGCUCAAUUUUUGAAAGACUCGACUCCUGAAAAAGGAUGGUCAAAUCCAAAGCACCCAACUAACUACAGCGAAAAGUUCAAUGAGGAAAUCGAAAAUGCCGCUGAGUUAGAGGUUCGAACUUUUGAACGGUCUGCAAAAGUAGGAACAGUGGGAUUUUAG